CCAUGCUGCAGCUGCGGGAUUCGGUGGACUCGGCGGGCACGAGCCCCACGACGCUGAUUCCGACCCACGGCGGCGUGGGCGUGACCGCGCCGGGCGCGGGGCUCGGGCCGGGCGGCGGGGCCGGGGGCAGGACCCCGAUGCGCCAAACGCUGUGGCCGUUCAGUGUGCACGACCCCACGCGCCGCGCCCGCGUCAAGGAGUACUUCGUGUUCCGGCCUGGGACCAUCGAACAAGCUGUAGAAGAAAUCCGUUUAGUGGUCCUGCCCACGGAGGAUGGAGAGGUGCAGGGAGUGUGGCUGCUGACAGAGGUUGACCAUUGGAACAAUGAAAAGGAGCGGCUGGUUCUCAUCACAGACCAAUCCCUGCUGAUCUGUAAAUAUGACUUCAUUAAUCUACAGUGCCAGCAGGUGGUUAAAAUAUCAUUAAAUGCAAUUGAUACCAUUUCUUAUGGAGAGUUUGAGUUUCCUCCUAAGUCACUGAACAAGCGAGAAGGUUUUGGGAUUCGAAUUCAGUGGGAUAAGCAAAGCCGCCCCUCCUUCAUAAACAGAUGGAAUCCCUGGUCCACAAAUCUGCCUUAUGCCACUUUUAUAGAGCAUCCGAUGGCAGAUGCUGAUGAGAAGAUUGCAUCUCUUUGCCAAUUGGAAAGCUUCAAGGCUCUAUUAAUUCAAGCUGUCAAGAAGGCCCAGAAGGAAUUCCCUUUACCAGGUCGAGCCAGUGGAGUGCUGGUCUUGGAGCGUCCUCUUCUCAUUGAGACCUAUGUGGGGCUCAUGUCCUUUAUCAACAAUGAGGCCAAGCUAGGCUACUCUAUGUCAAGAGGCAAAAUCGGCUUCUAAACUACGUUUCACAAUCCACGUGCUAUAGAAGUUGUCUUUUGGGUGUUGUGACUUUAAAGGAGAUCACCUGAAAGGUAGAUGGAGGACCCAGGGUGUGCUUGUAGUUAAGAAGAUAUGUAAUAGUUACUUACCUCUAAGGUUAUGAAUAGUAAAAUGAAUUACAGACUUCAGAUAUCAGAUACUCGGCAACAAUACAAGCUAUACACAAAGGGCAAAUUGAAUCCAGUUGUCAGUUGUAUUAGCUGGUAUUUUAUUUUCUAAUUACUUCUAGUGCUUUUUCUUGAGUGUGUGGAUUUUGCUUCUUUUGACAUUUCCCAAUGCAGCCACUCUAGCAUGAUCACAAAAAGAUCAGAAUGACCUCACUUAGAAUGUAAUGUAACGUUAAUCAUAUACAAGAAGAGCUACCUGAUGUCUAGUGCCUGUAGCUACAAACGUUUACACUUAGUGUCAAUUUUAAUUUUUUUUUUUUUUUUUUUAAGAAAAAAAAGCUUCUUUUUUUUUUUCCUUUUAAGAAGCCAAAUGCAAAAGUAGCCAACAGACCAGUCUAUCUUAGCUGGACUGAGUCUUGCCUUUGUUAGCUACUGUUGUGGAUGACAGUAGUUGUUUUGUAAAUAUAAUUUUGGUCUGAAGUCAAACUUUUUCUAGAAUGAAUCUAAAUUGUGUUAAUAUUUAUGCUACCAUAUACGGGCCCAAAGAGGUUUAUGGGGGGGAAAUCACUUUAAGACAACCGGUUUUAUUAGACAGUCACCUUGAUAAUUCUUUGCACAUGAUUUUAUUAACAUAUAUGCUAAGUUUUUUAUUGCCAUAUGAGUAUUUAAAAGGGAAUUGAUUCGCUUUGCUCUUCGAGUACUGCACUUUUUAAAGGCCUCCUGUUAGACUAGCACUAAGCAACUAAUGUCUAAUAUGGUUAUCCGUGUGUAGGUAGGUCAGAACAUUGCACUCACUUUAUCCAAGCUUUUAUGUCCUGGUGUGAAUAAUAUAGUUGAAGAUGAUAGCCUUUUACAAAUCGAAUUGUUGCUAGACUUCUUAGAAGAAUAAGGAUCCUGUCUGCCACAAAAUAUAGUCUAAUUGUUUAUAAACUUUCCAUGCUGUCUGACCAGCUUCUUGGUUGGUGUGUGUAUGUGUGUGUGUUCGAACCCUUCGUUUUUAAGCCUCAGACUUAAUUGUUAGCUUGUCAGAUGACUGGCAUGUGUGUGUCUGGAAUGCAAUACAAUGCAUGUCCAAAAUAGAAAGACUGUUUGAGAAAACACCUGUGUCUCUAGCUUCUGUUUCUAAUCUUGUAGUAAAGAUGAACCCACCUUUA